AAAGAGACGUACUACUAGUAUAAAUAUACACAUACUGAUACUACACUUGAAAACCAUAGUAUCCUACCAAAAACAACCCAACUAUAUGGAGGGGCUUACCACAACAAUCACUCCCCCAGCCCAAACAUUAAGGGGGUAUUUCAUUCCAUACAUUGUUCCAAGUCACAUUUCCAAUCUCGUCGACAUUGCUAAGCUCUUCGCCUCACGUGGUGUGCAAGUCACCAUUCUGACCACCCAUUACAACUCCCUCCGUUUCAAACACUCCAUCAAUAAUUUGGGUUACCAAAUCGACGUUGAGAUUGUCGACUUCCCGUUCAAGGAAGUGGGCUUACCUGAAGGGAUCGAGAACUAUACCGAUGCCACCCCCGACCAAGCAAGUAAGGUUUUUCAAGCCUUACUAAUGCUUCAAAACCCAAUGGAACAAGCCAUCAGGGCUGCCAAGCCCGACUUUAUUGUUUCCGAUAUGUAUUACCAUUGGUCUGCUGAUCUUGCAAAUCAGCUUGCUAUUCCAAGGCUAGUCUUUCAUGUCAAAUGCUAUUUUGCUUUGUGUGCUGCUGAGGUUCUCUCAAGGUUCGCUCCUCAUCAGAAGGUCGAAUCUGAUAGUGAGUUGUUUCUUCUACCUGAUCUCCCAGACCCGAUUCAUAUGACCCGUUCGCAGCUUCCCGAAUGGAUCCAAAACCGAAAUCCAUUCUCGGUUUUCAAGGAGAAGAUUGACGAGGGUGACAAGAAGAGCUAUGGAGUUAUUGUUAACAGCUCCUACGAGUUAGAAAAGUCUUAUGCUGACUUUUAUCGAGACAACUUGGGUCGUCGUGCUUGGUGUAUCGGUCCCUAUUCGCUGCAUUGUGAUAAGGUUAAUAUCAAUAUCAAUAUCAAUAUCAAUAUCAAUAUCAAUAUCAAUGGUACUAACAAAGACGACCACCCAUGUUUUGAUUGGCUUAACAAAAGGGGACAAGGAGAAGUUAUAUACGUGAGUUUUGGAAGCUUGUCGUGUUUCGGCGCCGCUCAACUUUUAGAGUUGGCGUCUGCACUUGAAACAUCAGGUCACCCGUUUAUCUGGGUAGUAAGGAAUGGAGAGAAAUUAUUACCUGAUGGAUUCGAAGCAAGAAUUACAGAACAAAACAAGGGGGUAUUGAUAAACGGGUGGGCGCCCCAGGUGAAAAUACUGGAGCACCCAGCCAUAGGCGGGUUUGUGACUCAUUGUGGAUGGAACUCCACCUUAGAAAGUUUAACAGCAGGUGUGCCUAUGAUCACAUGGCCACUUUCAGCUGAACAAUUCUACAAUGAGAAAUUGGUAACACGAGUACUCAAGGUGGGAGUUGAGGUGGGGGCUAACAAGUGGAGUCCGAGUAUUGGAGCCAGUACUGAUUUAAUUGAAAAAGAUAAAAUACAAAGAGCUAUAAAAGAGCUGAUGAGUAAAGAAUCCGAGGCCGAGGAAAGGAGACACGCUGUGAAAGAGAUGAGUAAGGCUGUUAGAACGGCGGUUCAUGUUGGUGGUUCGUCUUCUAACAAUUUGACUGCUUUGAUCCAGGAGUUGCACUGUCUAAAGGCCGCCCAAGGAACUACCAUUUUGGAGCAACCAAAGAAUUAAUGGGUGCUCAUUUUUCAAGUAACUAGCUUUUCAGGAAGAUUGAGGGAUAGGGGUGUUAAAGAUAUAAAAUAUUUCCUAUAAUAAACAACAAAUAAAUAAAUUAAUGGAUGAAAGAUGAUAGUGACUUAUGUCAUCUAAUCAUCUACUCUGUAUGAUUUUCGCUUUUAAAUAGAUUAGGUUUUUUUUUUAUCAAGUUUGCCAUAAGUUGUAGAAGGAUGUGUUUUAGGGUUUUACUUUCUGUUGUCCAAAUAAUUGGGGAUUGCAUUUUCUUAUA